AUGUACACACAGACACAUGUACGUACAUACACACAAAUACACAUACACAUGUAGUACAUACACACAGACACAUGCACACAUACAUGUACAUACAUGCAGACACUUGUACAGAUACACACAUGUACAGAGACACAUGUACAUGCACCCCCCACUAACAAGUUGCAGUACUUCGUUGUUCACUCACAGAGCCGGGUACUGCACUCUAGGGGGAGGCAGAGAGCACAGCACACACUCCUUCCUUUGCUUUCACUGCGCUCAGCUAUUGCGCAGUCUGACGGCUCCCAGUGCCAAGGACAGAUCCGGCCUGAGCUCCGAGCCUGCUCAGCAAGGUGGCCCUGGGGGACACACUCUCCCCCACCAUAAUUUCCACUCGCCAUUGGCGAGUGGAAAUUUCAAGCCCUGAUUUA